AUCUCGGAACUGCAACGGAACAGCUUUCAAAGUGACCCCAAGAAUGACGGCAAGAUCUACACCAGAUGAAUAUGCUCCCUUGGUCGCCACGUGUCCUACACGGGCUGUUCGCUGUGGCGGGCUGGUCAUGCCAUGGCAGCGGGAGGUCUCCUCUGGGGAAUCUUUGUCAGGCUGUCCGUUCUGAGGCAUUUCGGCAAUAGGGCCAUCCUUGUACUCGAAGAGUACAUGGAGAAGAAAUAUGGUGAGCGGUGGAAGCAGGUCAAGCAGAAAGCGCCGUGCGCUUUGAUACCUGGAAUAUGG